AUGGCUGACAGACCUUCCCGGUCUCUAGUGGGAAGUUUGAUGCAUGCUCAAGUCUGUACCAGACCAGAUUUAGCCUUUGCAGUGAGUGUUUUGGGAAGAUUUCAGUCUAAUCCGGGACAAGCACAUUGGGAUGCGGCAAAGAAGUGGUGCUGUGUCUUGGAAAAGUGUGAAGCAAACUCUCUCACUGCAACUUCAACAAUGCAGACAGAGUUUAUUGCUUGUUAUGAGGCAACAAGUCAAGCUAUUUGGCUCAAGAACUUUAUCACAAGUUUACAAGUUGUGGAAUCAAUCGAAAGGCCGAUUCAGAUUUGGAAUGACAAUAGUUCUGCAGUUUUCUUCUCUAAGAGCAAUAAAAGGACAUCAGGUAGCAGACACAUAAAAUUCAAGUAUCUGUCAGUAAGGGAAUAUGUUAAAGAAGGCCUUGUAAAGAUUGACCACAUUGACACUCACUCUAUGGUAGCAGAUCCAUUGACUAAAGGAUUACCAAAUGGAGUUUUUCGAAGGCAAGUUAGGAAUAUGGGACUGUUUCAAGUUUCGAUGAGUGCAAUUAGUGGGAGUUAUUUGAGUAGUCUAUCUAGAGUUCACAAAGCAGACAAUAUGUUGAAUUUGGAAAGAUCUCCAAAUGGUUGUAAUUGA